AUGACCCUAGAGCAGAAACCAGCUAAAGGCACAAGCCUAACAGAAGCUCUUACAGUGGAUCGACAUGCUAGCUCAGCAAAAUUUCUAAGGAGUUAUAACCAAAAGAGUGAAGACUGUCCAGACGGCUCUAUCGAGAAUCAGCGCCCAACCGCGCAGUCCGGCUGGCCGAGAAACUAUUGUUUCACGCUCGGCCAAAUCAUAUCCGUCCGUCUGAAGUCUCGGCCAAAGUUCAAACCGACCGGCCGAUCACGCAAUCACGACCCGGGAAACAUUGCCCGCGGUCGGCCAAGUUACAACCGUCACGCCACGCCGCGCACGACCAUGCCGCGCGAGCCGGGAACAAAGCCUCGCGGCCGCGCAACCCUUCGCGUACCACGGCCGAUGCAUCCGUCCGAGCCGGGAAAGAACGUCCCACGUCCGGCCGAGAAACCAUCGGCCAAAUCUUUCCGUCCGACCACGCCGGCCGACCGUGAAUCAUCCGGCCACGACCGUUCCGACUCGGCCACGACCCGACUGUCCGGCCGAUCGUCCCGACCGACCGUCCCAACGCCGCGGUCGACCCGAAGCCCGUUUUGA